ACCACUAAACAUUCACUAGCUAGGGAUCAACUAUUAUUCCAUUCACCACAAAUGGCUUCUUGCAAGCGUUUCCUUAUGGCUUUCUCGGUUGCUUUGCUCUUCUCGAGCAUUGGAUUGAGCUCAGCUGCACGUCAUCUACUCGAUACGACUCCACCGCCAGCUCCGGCACUGCCCACCAUCCCCACAUUGCCUACAGCCACCCUACCGCUCCUUCCUUCCAUGCCAGCAUUGCCGAAGCUAGCGGUGCCACCCAUGCCCUCAAUCCCAACUACUCUGCCUCAGCCCACUCUGCCGACAUUGCCCACUGGCCAGCCGGCGAUGCCUAAGCCCAUGCUGCCACCGCUUCCAAGCUUGCCCACCAUCCCGGCCGUUAGCGUCCCGAAGGUUGCAUUACCACCGCUACCUAGCAUGCCAUCGAUCCCGACCAACAUUCCCUCCAUCCCGUUCCUCUCUCCACCUCCAGCAACGAUUUCAAGCCCCUGAGAGUUGAGAAAGGCAAACAUAUAUUCUUUUGUGCUAUCAUUAGGGGUUUUGUCCGAUAGAUGUGAUCUUUUGGUAUCAUAUGGUGUGUUAAAUUUAAUAUAUAGUAUUAUGAUUUACGACCACAGAUUUCUCCGAUCCAAUACUAAGAUAUACAAUCGAGUUCCUCAUAAUUACAGUUCGCAUUGUGGAACAUCUAUAUAUAUGUAU